AUGGAGAUUGAAAGCAUGGUGGCAAACAGCGCUCUUAUUAAAGCCAGAGAAGGUGGAGGGAGUAAAGGAAGGAGCUACAAAUGGAAGGAGAUGCUUCGCUUUGCUCACGUUAGCCAGUGUGUGGACCACGGCAUGAACCUAGAGCGACACUACCACAGUCUGUGUGUGAAGCAGCCGGUUGGCAAGAAACUGUUUCAGCUCUUCUGUCGGAGUCGGUCUGACCUGCAGAACUACAUCUCCCUGCAGGACGCUCUGGACAUGUUUGAGACGCGGUCAGACGAGGAAAGACGAGACUUUGGCAUCAGCAUCAUUCAGAGAUUCCUCCGGAGUCAGUCCAUUCAGAGCGUGUCCAUCGCGCUGAAGCACGAGCAGAGCUGCGUCCAGAGCCUGGAGCUCGACCCCUGCGGGGAUGUCUUCCAAGCCUGCAGGGAAGACCUACAUACAUACCUCUGUGGAGAGCCCUUCAUCCAGUACCAGCAGAGCAUGUUCUUUGACCGCUUCCUGCAGUGGAAGGUGUUGGAGAGGCAGCCGAUCACCAAGCAGACAUUCAGACAGUACAGGCUGCUGGGGAAAGGAGGGUUUGGAGAGGUGUGGGCUUGUCAGGUGCGAGCCACAGGGAUGAUGUACGCCUGCAAAAAGCUGGAGAAGACUCACGUGAAGAAGAGGAGAGGAGAAGCCAUGGCUCUCAACGAGAAAGAGAUCCUGGAAGGGCUGGACAGUCGGUUUGUGGUGAAUCUGGCGUACGCUUACGAGACGAAGCACGCCCUCUGUAUGGUCCUGACCAUGAUGAGCGGCGGCGACUUGAGGUUUCAUAUUCAUAACAUCGGCGUGCCCGGCCUGGACAGAGACAGAGUGCGCUUCUACGCUGCAGAAGUCUGCUGCGGUUUAAUUCACCUCCACCAGAAGUCAAUAUUAUAUAGGGAUAUGAAACCAGAAAACAUUCUUCUGGAUGACAACGGACAUAUCCGCAUCUCUGACCUGGGCCUGGCUGUGAGGCUGUCGGAGGGGACUCUGGUGCGAGGCAUGGUGGGCACGCUCGGAUACAUGGCUCCUGAGGUGAUCGGACACAAGCAUUACGGGAUGAGCGUGGACUGGUGGGGCCUCGGCUGCCUCAUCUACGAGAUGACGGCGGGGCAGCCCCCCCUCCGGGCUCGAGGAGAGCACCCGAAGACCUCCGAGAUGGAGAGAAGGAUUCAGACAGAACAGCUGGAAUACAGCGACAACUUCAGCAAGGCGGCGAAGGACCUCUGCUCCUCGCUGCUGAUAAAAGACCCCAAACAGAGGCUGGGCUGCGGGACGCAGGUGCAGUCGCAUCCUUUCUUCAAAAAAAUCAACUUCCGGAUGCUGGAGGCCGGACUGGUUGAGCCGCCGUUCAAACCUGAUCCCAGACUGGUGUACUGCAGCGACGUGCAGGACAUUGACGAGUUCUCCACAGUGAAGGGAGUCACUCUGGACCGGACGGACUGUGACUUUUACUGCAAGUUCAACACGGGCAGCGUCCCAAUAACCUGGCAGAAUGAGAUCAUAGAGACGGGAUGUUUCAGGGAGCUGAACCUUUUUGGACCCGAGGGUUCUCGAUCCACUGACCUCGACUGGUCCCAGAUCCCCGAGAGCCCCAAACGCAGCCUGCUGGACCGAAUCUUCCGCCGAAACCACCAUCAGGAUGCGUCAGAGGAAAGCAGACCGAUCUUGAUGUCCAAUGAAAGCUACAUGAAGUCCGGACUGGUCAGCACGUCCCUGUGAAGACGCAGCAGAGACUCUAAAGACACUUAAACACAAACAUGACUCUGGAGCACAAAGUGCAUUUAGAACUCACUUCUUCGUGUUUGCACUCUUCUCCCUUCUCUCAGAGCUUCACUACAUUAGCAGUUGCUUCUUCAUCUCUUCUCAGGUUACAAGAUGUAUCAUUUUACCUUUUUAUUAAAUCCAAUCAGUGGCCUUUUGUUAAAUACUGGAAUUUUGAUACAAUAGCACGACAUGCUGUAUGAAGCUACUU